AUGCCUGCAUUACUUGCAAUUCCCCGUCGAUCUACUUUUCCCAUCCAAUGGACACCUGCCCUCGUCAAAUACAUUAACUCUGCUUAUGACGAAGAUGGAAACCUCUAUAGCGCUGACGCUCAAGCACUCGAUAACUUGCGCCAACAAGCAAUCACCUCUCCUUCUCUCGAAACCCUCUUCACAUAUUAUUCUCAACUCACCUUUGUCUGCUCACGUUUUCCACUCAACAUCGGGUUGGAGUUUGCAUGGUUGACCGCCUUCCAACCAACCCAGCCACCCGUCGUACACCCAAAUCUCUUUUUUGAAAAGUCCUGCAUUCUAUUCUCGAUCGGUGCUGUUUACAGCCAACUUGGCUGCACAGAGCAGCGACUUUCAUCCGACAGUAUCCGCAAAGCUUGUAGCUAUUUCCAGCAAGCAGCUGGCUGUUUCAAAUAUAUUCAGCGUGAAAUUGUGCCUGACAUGCGGGUAGUUCCCAUGUGCGAUGUGUCACCGGCAGUGCUGGGUACAUUAAUUCAUCUGAUGUUAGCCCAAGCCCAAGAGUGUGUUUGGCAAAAAGCCGUAAUGGAACACCUCAAACAUGGAACCAUCGCACGCCUAGCCAUCAAGGUUGCCGACUUUUAUGAGAGCGUACUGCGCGAAAUGCCCUCUUGUAUUCCUGAAGACUGGCAAACAUACACGCGCAUAAAGGCCUCCUAUUUUGUUGCGGUUGCUCAAUACCACAAAGCAAAUGAAUGUAUCUCACAAGGCAGAUACGGAGAGGAAAUCGGCCGCCUACGAGUAGCAGAAAAAGCCAAUAGAUGUGCCUUGGAUCUUAUUAUAUCAAGCUUCCAGCUUAUCCAGCACGGUGUCAUGCAUGCUGGCUUUGUAAACGAAGUUCGCCAAUUGGAGGAGGUUAUCGAGCAUGAUCUCAUCAGAGCUGAAAAAGAUAACGAUAUUGUUUAUGUUGAAACUGUUCCUGAAGAAGCACAAUUGUCACCUAUCCUACGCUCAGAUAUGGUAAAACCAAUAAUCCCACCUGACCUCCUAGAACCAGCAUACUGGAAAAAACAUCCUGAAGUAGAGAUCCGUCGUCCCCUAUUCCAAGCCCUCGUACCUUUUGCAGUACAUCAAGCAGCCAGUAUGUACAAAGACAAGAAAGACCAAGCUGUCGCUGAAAUCACAGCAUCUUGUGCAAAGCUCUCAGAAGAGGCAACACAAUUGAUGGAGGAAUUCAAUCUACCGUUUUCUAUGGAUGUCAUGGAUGUAACUAUUCUUCCAGUCAAUCUGAUGUCUUGUGCAGAGGAGGUCCAGCAUGAAGGCGGUAUACAGUCCCUUAAGGACAUGCUUGAGAAGAUCCAGGAGCUUUCAAAAAAGAACGUCGACUUUAUAGAAGAAGGCUUCAAUGUACUCGAAGACGAAAAUGAGCAAGAUGAAAUUUUACAACGUCAGUAUGGAUCACUUUGGGCUCGCCCGUCUUCAAAAUCUCUCACAGGCCCCCUUUUGUCUCAGGGAGCUCGGUUCCAUGAUACCAUUCAAGCUGCCCAAAAGGCAGACCGUAUUGUACGAGCAAAGGUUACCAACUGGGGUAAAGCAAUCGAGUUAUUGUCAAGACCAGUUUCAGAGAUCAAAGCCAACCUUCCGUUCACAAAAGACGAUCCUCAUUACCCCCAACUUGAGGUUCUGGUCAAUCAACUAAGAGACGCAGUAGAAAAAAUCCAGACUGCCAAACACGAACACAACAAAAUAUCUCAGGACGCUGAGACCCUUUCGGCUUCGGAUGACAUAUCAGAGCCAUUGUUGGUCAAGGCAGAUGCUUUAACCGGUGGAUCGCCCAUUAUUAAGAUGGAGCCCGAACAGUUUGGAGAUGUAUUUGAAGCCCAACUUGCCAAAUACGCUCCUUUGAAUACCAAACUCCAGAUGUGUGUCAAAGACCACGCUGAGAAUCUUACCCAUCUUCGUGAUCUUUAUGAGCAAUUUUCGCUUGUUGCUCAAGGAAGUCAUCUUGCUGUCAAACGCGAGAAGACUGUCAAGAAUCUUGAGCAAGCGUUCCUUAAAUUUAAAGAAAUCCGAACAAAUCUUGUUGAAGGCAUCAAGUUUUACUCUCAAUAUACCGAUACCCUGUCAAAAUUCAGAGAUAGCUGUACAGAUUAUGCCUUUGCCAGGCGCAUGGAAGCAUCCGAACUAGCAAGGUCAGGUGCCUCUCCGGCAGACAGUCUCUUUCCAUUCUCACGCUGCUCUCUUUUAAUCCAGGGACGCACCAAAGAGACGGUGAAAAUGACGUAG